AUGGAUGAGAAACGACUACCUUAUAAGCAGCUCAUCCUUGUUAGCGCUGCACGUGCUGCUGUCGUAAUCAGCCAUGUGCUAUCUUUGCCAUUCAUUAUCCCGUUUGUACGGGAUCUACAUUCUUGCGAUGAGCAGGAUGUCAGCUUUUAUGCUGGUGUCAUCGCAUCCUCUGGAGGUGUCGCUUCUUUUCUAAGUGCAAUACCAUUUGGUACGCUAUCCGAUCAUAUUGGGCGACGGCCUAUCAUGCUACUUGGCAUGUGCGUAUCGAUCAUCAGCCUUAUCCUAUUCGGUUUAUCCAAAUCCAUCAUUUGGGCCGUGAUGAGCCGAGUUCUAUCGGGCUCUUUAGAUUCCUCCGUUACUGCGAGCAAAGUAAUGACGUCUGAGCUAACCAAUGGCUACUCCCAAGAAAUGAGAGCUAAAGGUUUCGCUAUUUUACAAAUGUCCUUUGCCACCAGUCUCAUUAUCGGUCCUUUUAUUGGAUCGGCUUUAUUGGAUCCAGUGAGAAAAUACCCGAAGAUAUUUCAACAAGAUGCCAUUAUCACUGUGUUUUUGGAAGCAUACCCUUACUUUUUGCCGUGUUUUGCAGGCGCUUUGCUUAAUGCUAUCAUGCUUGCUAUCUCGUUUUUCUCCAUGGAUGAGACGUGUGUCAAUCUCAAGAUGGAUCAAGAAAAGAGUGGCGCAAAGCUUUUGCAGCAGCCUCCUCGCUCGUAUUCCACUUUUGACUACAUCAAACGCCAACCUAUCAACUUCACCCCUGCUGUACAUGGAAAGCAAAGCUUUACCAGCAUCUUCUCAUUACGUGAAUGUUUGAUCCCAGCAGUUACCAACAUACUUGUGGUUUACGUAUGUACCAUUUGUCAAUUGGCCUACCAUGGAGAGCUGGCACCGAUAUGGGCGACCAAUGAACGCAAAUUUGGCGGCCUUGGCUUCACACCAAAGGAGUGUGCUAUAGUAAUUGCAAGCCAAGGAAUUAGUCAAAUCAUCGUAAUUACGUUCAUCCUGGCACCAUUAACAAAGCGAUUUGGGACGUUGCGUGUAGCAUGCAUUGGAUCUUUUGGCUUGAUUCUCGCAACUACUGCUGAGCUUGGUGUGCCAUACCUAUACAACUUGCCAGAUUUGCAUGGUCGUACACAAACUCUCUUUUGGGUUUUGCCGGCGGUAAUCCUAUGCAUCGUCUUUUGGUCCACAUCAUUCAGCUUGAGUCUUAUUAGCGCCAAGAUUUUGAUCAACAAUGCAGCUCCUCAGCAUGCUUUAGGGAAGACUAAUAGUCUCUCUGAAUGUCUAGGAAGCUUAACUCAGGCUGUGGGCCCUGCCCUUUGUGGAAUCAUUUGGUCAGGAUCUUUAAAGCUGUCGUGGGCCCCGAUUGCUUGGCGUAUCCCGAUCAAUUGGUUCAUACCAAUCAUUGUAGGAGUGUUUACGUUUUAUAUGACAUCGCGUCUCAAUCCGGCGGAUUAUGUCCUUGAUAGGCACAAAGUAAAUCGUAGGCACAACGAGGAGCAACAAGCAUAA